GUCCUCUCCCAUCUCCAUCUCCAUCUCCGACUGCGCCGCCACGACCACGACCCAUCUCCCAGCCUCGCUCACUCCGCCCUCCACCCGCCGCUCCCCUUCGCCGCCGCUCACCAGUCAGGGGCCACCGCCGCGCCGCUCCCGCCCCUCCGCUCCGUUCCUUGAGCUCGCCUUUGACCCGGCGGCGAGGACCUGCAGGCCGCCCUUCUCCUUCCUCGGACGGUUCCUCCCCGUUCCCCGACUCCACCCUCAGCCCUCUGGCUCUCUCAGGCACCAGGCUAGUCAGCAGCCAGCGGCAGCUCGCCCGUUUAGAUCUCCACCUCGCGCUCGCAGGCGGCGGCAGCAGCACCCACCCAAGGUACACUCCUGAAGGGCAUCAACAUUCUCUGUCAAUUGGAACUCGUUGCAGUGCUAGUCCUUGUCGUCCUCUCCCCUUUACUCCUGGACUGCCCUGGAGUGAAGAUCCAUCAGGACGCCACCCCUUUGGCCCCCAUAGCUGGUUGCGGUGAGGGGUUCGCGCACUGGACCCAGGCGUGCCUGCCGGGAUGGCCGGAAGUAGCCUCUGGGUAGUUCGAUUGGCUUCCCUUCUUGCAGUAGGAUUCGUGGUCGGCUCCGUCGAGGCCACCCCGGGAGAUGCUCAUCCGCAGUACAGAACUUGUGUGAAGGAGUGUCAGAAUACAGGGAUUAUUGGAAGUAACAUCAUCAGCCACUGCCAGUCCCGGGAUAACGACAGCACAUCUGCUGGAAGUUCAUGGUACACACAGGGGCCCCUUUACAUGCAGUUAAAACAACAAAACUGUAUGUCAGACUGCCGCUACUACUGCAUGAUACGAAGAGAAGAGGAACGACAAUUAGGUGGCCUGAGCCCUGUUAAAUAUCAUGGAAAAUGGCCCUUCAAACGUGUUUCUGUCUUCCAGGAGCCCCUUUCAGCUGCACUGUCUGCUCUCAACCUAUUGACGCACUUCACUGGCUGGGUUUCAUUCUUCCUGCAAGUGAAUUACAGAUUACCUCGUAGACCUCAGACGAAGAGGACAUACUAUGAAUACACUGGCUUAUGGCAUAUCUAUGCAAUAUUAUCACUGAAUGCAUGGUUCUGGAGCACUAUAUUCCAUACUAGGGAUAUUGACUUGACUGAGAAACUGGAUUACUCUUCAGCUGUGGCCCAACUUGGCUACUCUUUAAUCCUUACAUUGCUAAGAACUUUUAAUGUCAAGGAUGAGGCUGGCAGGGUGAUGUUUGCUGCACCUAUUCUAGCAUUCGUUACAACACACAUCUUGUAUCUUAACUUCUACGAACUUGACUACGGAUGGAACAUGAAAGUUUGUGUGGCAAUGGGUCUUGUUCACAUUGCUGCAUGGGCAGUCUGGUCUGUUGUGACCCAUCAUCCGUCACGAUACAAGGUUUGGAUCGUCGUAUUCGGAGGAGCUCUAGCUAUGCUUCUUGAGGUGUAUGACUUUCCUCCAUACAAGGGGUAUGCUGAUGCACAUUCGCUGUGGCACGCGAGCACCAUUCCUCUCACCUAUCUUUGGUGGACCUUCGUUAGAGACGAUGCAGAAUUCCGCACCUCCACACUUGUUAAGAAGGCCAAGUAGUAGUACAUUAAGGUUAGUAUGAAUGCUGUUAGCUUCUCCCUCUCUCAAGGUAACACAAGCAGAGGACAUGCGUGCUGCCAUGCCAUGCGUUCCCUGGACCGAUCAGGACAAACCAUUCAUCUUUCAGCGAAACUCAGCAUCUUGUUUAUGCGGUAUCUUUGGAUCUUGCCUUCCUGAUUUCUGUUUUGAUUGAUAUCAACAAUUGUUUUGUUCUGUAAUAGAAAAGGACAUAAUCUUUUUCGUGUCUGUUGAAAUGGUUCACCAUACGGGUUUCAA